CAUUCAUUUGAUUUAUUUCUUUUCAGGAAUGCUUGUGCGUAAAGCCAGUAGUAGCAAAAAAUUAAAGUAUAUACUAUGAAUUGGUAUAGGUUAUUGUCAUGCAAGCUUUUAACAUCAUUUAGUUUGUUCCUCAUUCAUUUUCUGGCUGUAGGUUUGACAGAUGAACAGGCAUGCAACGUGAGCUGGCAAGAGCAGUGUGGAAGCAACGAGGUAUGUGUUGCGAAGGCUGCAGGUGGAGAUGCAGGAAGCUGUAAUUGUCUACCCAACUUUUGGCGUGAUGAUCACCAGCACUGCCAGCCUGUGCCUCCUGCCUCAUACAACCACUCUGGUGUGGCAUACGCUGCUGCAGUGCUCAUCACAUUACUGGUGAUAGUGGGUGCAGUAGUCACCUUGGUGCUGCUGAACCAGCGCUACAACAUCCUCGUGCCGUUCAGUGCACUCUGCCCCACAUGUGGGGCGCUGUCCACCUUAGUCACGUCAAGUGUCAGCCGCUGCUCAGCACGUCUCUCAUCCCUCAAUCUGUUUGGGGUGCGAUCUGGCAGGAGUCGAAUGAUGGAUGACCUGAGUGGGCCUGAGGAUGACGAUUCUAUAGCUUAGUGCUCGUGCUGUUUUUGUAACAGUAGUUGGGAGCAUUUUUCUCAUCAUUCCCACAAGGAAAAUUUCCCUGUUUGCAAGCUUUAUGUCUGAAAGUUGCAUGCAUGCGCUUGUUAUUUUUAUGCUUAAUGAUCCAAAUCCAGUAUAAAUUUGUUUCCGCGUAGAUAUGUGAUGAAAAAGGAUACUUUAGAAAUUCAAUCCUUUCGUCACAUUGCAAGAUAAAAAUGAUCCACUUUGAAUUUUUUCAGCAUUUUAUAGGAGAUGAGCCAAUCAUCACUAAAUAGCUAAACCAUUCACUAUAAUUGGUAUGACUGCCCCAUACAAUAGUCAAUAGGUUCAUGUAAGCAUUACUGGAAGGAAUACCAUCAGUUGACUUUAUUUACUCACUCGCACCCGACAUUUCUGCCAGCCAAUGUGCCUCGUUAAUGGUGUAAUGCGGGCUUUGUAACGGGCUUCAAAAAGUGUACAUUUGUCAAUCAAAGCACAAGUUGGACGUUGAAUUCUGCUAUUAUUUUUCAAAGAAUGAUGCAAAAAUUGUACCGUUCAAUUGCUUUUUUUUCGUCGAGUCGCCUUCACAAAGUUCCCUUGUCCACCAAGCUUUAUUUAUGGUGCGAUUUACGCGAUCGCCUUUAAUUUCUGUUACCCCUAAUUUAUGAUUUUAGGAAAUUUUGGGCAAGUUUAUUUUAAGCUGCCGGCAUCAUGCUAAUGCUAAAUGAUGGUAGUUCCAUAAUCGUGCGUUUCCUUUUUAUGCAUAACUUCUAGUAAGCGCAAAAUUUUAUUAAGGGCCAAUUAAUAGCCCUGCUUCCUAGAAAGUUUUAAAUACCAAGCCUCAUUUGAUAAUGAUCUGACUAUAUGUUUUGAUCUGCUCGCGAUUCGUGUUUUUUCUGUACAUAUAAGGUCACAUAAGUGCUCGCUAAGCUUCGUUCUAUAGACUAGUGUAAGCUUAAGAUCCAACCUAGUCAUGCUCUGAGGGAUGUUUUGUCCUCACCGAAUCGUUGGACGCCAUUUAAUGAUAAACUGAUACUCAAUAAUUUGACGAGCAUAUUUAUAAUAAUAUUUAUAAUAGAGGACUCCUAGCUUCCGUGUUCGCUUUAAAAAAUGGAAAUUUCACCCGAUAUUUGCCAAUCUGUAAUUUUCAGCAUUGAAUGCAGCAUAUAAAACCUUUCAUUGUCGACAAAGAAGCUGUAUUUAACUCUAGUUGCAUUUUGGCGGUAAUUUGUUUUCUGAAAUUAUGCUUGGAAAAUCUAUGCUUGUUUCUUGGCCUCCGCUGUCCACAAGUUCUAAUUAUAAAAAAAAUUUCAGUCGUUUAAAGUUUCCAUACGAUUAUCAUCAUGCUAAAUGCAGCUUUUACAUUACGAUGUCGCCAACUGCCUCGUAAAUUUGUAUUAAUAAUGUAUGUAAGCCGUAGUAAUCGUAAUGAGACGAUUGAGGUCAGUCUUAGUGAAGUUAGGCGAAAUAAUUUAGAUCAGACUUAUGGAGUGCUCCCCUGACGAGUUCAUUGUAGUUUAACCUGCUUAUGUACCACGAAAUUUGUCUGAUUCUAUCAUCGGUUCAAUAUACGGAUUUGUUAUGACGAGUACAGCUGAGACGCUGGAGACCGCUGAGAAAAUACUCGACAUGAUGGCUAUUGGUAAUGACCUGCUCGAUCUAAGCUUGCGAACCCCCGCGAGGUUAACUAUAUACUUUUUUCUGUAAGAGCUUCGGGCUGGGAAUCUCAAUCAGUUUUAAAGUUUUUUGUGCACAUGUAUGAACAUUUCGGGCUGGAAAUUUAAAUAAUUUUUAAUGGUGUUUCUGUGCACAUUAAUGAAUAAUCUAAAUUUGAAAGAGGAUUUGACUUUUUUGUCAACUCGGAAGUAUUGACUUCCGAAAGCCAAGUUACUUUGGCUCAUGUUCUUAUCUGCUCUAGCACACGUGUUCCUAAACGUUGCCCCAUUUCCAAUUAUUAUGUUUUGCUCCUCCAUGUGAUUAUUACAUUCGCAUGAUUA